AUGCCCGUAAACACACCUCAGCUGCAGCAACCACAACUACAACUGCAGCAACCACAACUACAGCUGCACCAACUACAACUACACCUGCAGAAACCACAACUACCGCACCAACUACAACUACACCUGCACCAACUACAACUACACCUGCAGCAACCACAACAACAGCUGCACCAACUACAACUACACCUGCAGCAACCACAACUA